CCCCCGACUCGCUUUGUCACUUCGCAGUUAAAAUCAGUUGGUGUAGUAACCGCCCGUCGCGCGAGCAACAGCCGUGAGCGCGCGGUUUAGGAGGAAAACGUCGCGUCGGAGCGUAACGCUUCCACGAGAGGACAUGGCACAUUCGACGCUAGUUAGAAAACAAAAGCGAAUGAGGCAAAAACAAGCGCGGGCAACCGCAACUUCACGCUGAGGGCGAUUUAAAGCCCUUCGCAAAAAGUUUCGCUGACGUCAUACGUCAGCUAUAACGACCGAAGCUUCGCGUUCGCCGUCGGUGUGCGUGCGUGUGUUUGUUAGCUUGUCUGUCUUUAAUCAUUAAAAGCGGACGGAAUGGGGGCCAAACAGAGCAGUCCCGCUGAAAACGGCCGCACACGGGCGUACUCUAGCUCGGAUCUCCCUUCGAGUAACGGCGGCAGAACGGCGGCGAGGUUUCCCGCUCACGGCGCCUCAGGUGCUGCGUCUUCUUCCUCGUCGUCGUCAGCGGCGGUGUCCUCGCACUAUGCCGGCUCCAGAACGCGCUCCGUCGGGGAACGCACCGGUGGACCGGCCGCAAGACCCCAGUCGAGCAUUAAUAUACCGACCUCGGGAGCGUACAGUUCUCAGGACUCCGGUAACAGCACACCGGAAGACAGCGGCGGGGAGAGAGAGCGGUCAACCGGCGCUCCGAGACUCUUGAUCGGAUCUUUACCUGCUCACCUGUCGCCUCAUCUCUUCGGAGGUUUCAAGUGCCCCGUCUGUGCCAAGUUUAUCUCUUCAGAUGAAAUGGACCUUCAUCUUGUCAUAUGCUUGACCAAACCUCGAGUGACGUACAACGAGGACGUCUUGGGGAAGGACACGGGAGAAUGUGCAAUAUGUCUGGAGGAGCUGGUGCAGGGAGAUACCAUCGCACGCCUGCCCUGCCUCUGCAUCUAUCACAAAGGCUGUAUUGACGAGUGGUUUGAAGUGAACCGAUCGUGUCCUGAACAUCCUUCAGAUUAAAAGCACCUCUCGCACCUUUGCACAGCCUCCUGGUCGUGAGAAGCGCAUCAAUGUGAAUCCUCUUCCUCCUCAUUGACACUGUGACUUUGGUCUCGGGACUUCCUGUUUGCCGAACGCCCCUCUCUUAGCACAGCCCUCCCUAGUCGCCAUAUAAACUCUAGUGUGCCAAAACUCAUUCAGGGAAACUCUUUCCACAUCACAGUCCUAAAGAAGAAACCCCAGGGCGGGCGAGAGCUUCUACUCCAGCGCACCAUCGUCCAAUCAGGAAUGAAGAAGGCGGAUCUUAGGAAGGUCAUUUCAUUGGUGUCUCUGAUUAGCCGGACUCAGGAUCAGCUAACUGUUUGGACGAUUAUCGGAUGAUCACGGUGGAUUGUUCUGUCUCUCUCAGUGCCUUAACUUACAGAUCCCACGGGCCGAAGUGACGGCUACGUUUCGAUGGACUCGGAGAAAGACGCCUGGAUGUGACGGGACGUGAGCCCUGAUUCGGGUCGGCCCAGAGCCAUACUGACAAGUGCCCUGUAUUUGGUAGCGUCGACACAACUGUUUUUUCUCUCUCUUUCUUCCCGGAUGGAAUAACGUCCCAUGCAUCUGGAGUCUGCUAGCAAUAUUUAUGCUAACGGUUCCAGAUUCACUGUAGCCUGUCACGUGACGUCUGCACUGUCUCAAGAUCAUUUAUGCAAGUGCACCAUGUUUUAUUUGUGUUGACAAAUCUUAGCCUUAAUUCAACACAUGAAUGACUUCUGUGUCUCUUUAUGGAGAGUAAAUCUCAUCAGAACAUCACAAAAGCAGAAGAAAAUAAAAACUAAGUUAUGUUUUGCAUAGAGAAAAUCAAUUUUGGCGGGAAAAUAAAUAUAAUGCAAUUAUUUUUAUUAAAAUCUGGAUAAUUUUAAUGGCAGUACAACAAAUGCUACCAUGUAAAGACAUUUCAAUUUAAUAAAUUAAUGACAUUCAGUGUACUGUUUAUAAUUCAUGCAGAUUUUAUUUAAAGUAAUUACAUUAUUUGAAUAUAUAUAAUUAUACUAUAUAAAUUGAAUGGCUGUACAACAAAUACUACCAUGAUGAAUAAAUGAAUUAUAAUUUUAAUAAAUAAUGCCUACAAUUUUACUCCUUCAGUAUAAGAAGUAUUUGUGAUUAUAUUAAUUAUACUGUUCUUAAAUGCUGAUUUUAAUUAUAUUUAAAAAAUUGUCUUUCAGUAAUAAAAUAUCACUGAAAUAAUAAAAAAUUGGAAAAACUGUAAAGUAAAAUUUCCAUUUAAAUCGGCAUUAUUUAAUGGCAGUUACAAUUUAAAUAAAUAAUAUAUACAAUUUAAAUAAAUUGUUUAAGAUUUAGUUUUUUCACUUGAUGACAGAUGUUUUCAUGACAAUAAAAACAUAUUUUUCCUGUUUUAGUGCAAGUAUUUAUACAACAUUAUACAUUACAUUUAUUGUACUGCGAUUGAUUUAUACUGGUUAAAAAACACUGAGAAUAAUAAAUAAUCAAAAGAAAACUCAUAAAUACUACUACUAUAAAUGCAUUACUAUUUGAAUAGACAUUAUUAAAGUAAUUAUUUGAUAUAUAAUUUUGAUUUAUUGAAAAUGUCAGAGACUGAUAUAUGAUCGUCCAUCAGGCAAAAUGAUUUUCAUAUUUCACCUAAAAUCAAAGAAAUUAAUUCUUAGGAUUAUUACGAUUUGUCACAUACUUUCAUGACAAUUAAACACAUUCUUCUCUCCCCUUUGACAGUAUUUAUACAUCUUUGUAGUAUCUGUUGUACUGCUUUUAAUCUUUCAAUAACCAUUGUAUUCCAGUAAUAAACACUUGAAAUAAUAUUUAAAAAAGGAAAACUCGAAAGCAAAAUGCUGAAUGUGCCUGAUUGUUGUGGAAAAAAAAUUGUCGCAAAUCUUAAUGCUCCUAAAAACAUUUUUCUUCAUGUAAAAUCGAAUUGUUUUUGUAUGUUUGUGAUGAAAUGUGAUUCAGCUGAGUAAUUCUCUCUGCGUUUGUCUUAAAUCCACCUGUAGAUGCUGGAACGAGGUUAGAUUCUCUUACGAUCUUUAGGAUUUAAUCACCAGUUUCUCAAUCAGUUUUUAUAUAAAUCAUGUGUGUGUGAUUGAUAUCAUAAGCACUUUGGGUCACAUUUCAGCUGCUUUUCUCAAGAUCCACAUUAUGUUUUGGAGAAAGGUGGUCGGUCUUCAGUAGGGCUUGACGCUGCUAACUAGUUUUUAUUUUUUAAGUUACUAAUCACAGAUUCUAUAAGGGAUUUGUUUGUUUGUUAUUACUCAUUAAUCUCGUUUCCAGUCUCAAGUAAGAGUUUAUCUGAAGGCUUACCGAAGUCGACCUGGCAUAUAAAAGGUGCCAUAUAAUAGCUUUAAAAUGCUGCUAAUCGUGUACGUCAAUGGCGAUGAGAACCGAUUUCGAUGUUAGCUUCAUUACAGCAGUUUUCUGAUCAUAUAAGAGAAGAUGUGCAUGGGAAACACCACUAUUUUUAAAAAGCCUUACCAGAUUUUACAGCAUUUGAAAACUUAUUUUACGAGAUAUCAUUUAGGUAAAUAAUAAAUCCAUGUUUUGCUGCUUUGUGCAAACUUCUGUUUCCAGCAGAUCUGAGCCUGAUUGUCAAAUCAAAGCUUUUGAUACACAAGACUGUGUUUGUUUGUUUAAUUUGCUACUGAAAUCCAUCAGGUAACGAUCUUUCUGAUCUAGUUCCAUCCUUACAGCAGUCGAGAGGAACUUAACUAGUUACAAAAAAUUAACUUCCUGAAGAGAUGCAAACGAGGGAAACUAAAGCUUGGUAUGUGUUGGAUCUUGAUGUGAAAGGUUAACCGUGGCCACCGGGAUGAUCAAAGUUUAUUUUUUACUAUGGUUUAGAGAUAUUGUAACAUUCCAUAUGUGUAAAAACAAAAUAAACUAUGUACAGAAAUAAUGAGAUUAAAAAAAGCAAAAUCUUAUCUGCGUGUGUGAAAUAUUUAAUCGCAAUCAAGUUUGAGAAUCCCAGUAUCACAUGUAAAUAAGAAAUAAUGUGAAUUAGUGCAUUAUACGUUUGAACGAUAAAAGCCUUUCGUAAGACAUAAUAAUACUUGGUUAAAUAACAAAAAAAAUUAAUGUAUUCAAUUCGAUGUUAAAAUUUUGAGCUCCUUAAAAUUAAAGAAAUUCAGAUGUAACCACUUUUGUAAUGUAUUAACAUUUUCAUAAGUAACUAAUUUAUUUAAAAAAAAAAUUCUCAGUAGCUGUAACUACUUAAAAUAACAUUUAUUUUGUAACUAAACGCAUAAUUUAGUUUACGUAAUGAGUUACAGCUACUGAGAAAAGAUGUGUUAAUAAAAUAGUUACGAAAAUGUUAAUACACUACAAAAGGGGUUACAUCUGAAUUUCUUUCACACAUACAGUAUUUACAGUAGAUUUCUUUCCCAAAUGGCACUGACUGCUCUAAAAUACGAGACACCAAUGUUUCAAGAGUUUAGGACACAUGCCUAUUCUAUAACGGUUUUAAUUCCUAUUUGGGUUUAUUUUAUUUCUUUACGGUUAGAUGGCAGUGUUUCCUGUCAUAGCUAUGCAAAGAUUUGGUUUCAAAAACAGUACAAUAGCUACUAAACCGCUUCUAGUUAUGGUUUUAAAUCUGUUUUUAACCUCAAAAUGAUCUCAAAGUGAAAAGAGGUGCUAAAGUCUGAUUUUGUGGUGGUUGUGCUUUAUAAUCUUAUACAUUUGACAGUAAUAUGUAAGGUCAAACCUGCCUUCUUUACAUGUUUCAAAAUGAUUAUCUUUUCUGUGAUUUGUGGUCCAUUUGACAUUCAAUUAUAAACUACGUUUUAUCUAAUAUGUACUGAAAUAAGGCUUUGGUCAGCCUUCAAGUAGAUGUUUUUUAUUGUUUUGCAUGAUAAGGGUAACAAUGUUUGAUGGUAAUAAUAUUUACCAUUUGUAUAUUUAUUUUAAAAAAGGUUAAGCAUGGUUAAGAUCAUUACCCACAUUAAUUUAAAGGUAAACUUUUGAAAAACUGGAGAAAAGCAAUCAAAUAUAAUCAGUUAUAUGAAUAAAGUUAUUUUAAUAGUUUCACUGCUUAUUAAAUAAAAUGAUAAAAUGCACUAGCCUGCAGUCAGUCACGAGAUUUAAUGUUGGUUAUGCAUUUUAUGAUGAGCUGUUUGGGGAAUUAAAGAAAAAGCUGGUUACAUU